CUCCGCACCGAUGGCAGGACGUCUGGCUCUGUGUUCAGCCGGUAAAACCGUUCGGGUCCGGGGGUUUAUCCGACCCACCACCACCACAUUCAGCCUGGACAUAAAGAGAAAUACCGGGGGAAAUGCUGGUGACCCUCCGGUCCCCCCUGGAAGUGUCAGGUCUGAGGCAGUUCUUCCUGAGAUCACUCUGCCUAAAAUGCUUUACAGGCUGAUCUUUCAAGGUUACUACAAUCGAAUGCAUGAGCUACAGGUAAAUCAUCUGUAUGAGAAGCAGCUCCAUGGCACCAUGUAUAAAGUGAAAGCUGGAAGCAGCCCUACUGUUGCUCUGAACACUGUGGAGCUUCUGGAGGAACUGUUGAGGAAAGAUGAUAAGUUUCCAUGCAGAGGAGAUAUGAGUCUGUGGGUUGAAUACAGGGAUAUGAGAGGUCUGGGAUAUGGUCCUGUCACUGUAGAAGGAGAAAGGUGGUACAAUCUUCGAGCUGUGCUGAACAAACGUAUGCUGCAUCCCAAGGACUCUGUAAAGUAUGAUAAAGUCAUUAAUGAGGUGGUGACAGAUUUUAUAGGAAGAAUUCGCCAUCUGAGGAAAAUGAGCAGCACAGGCGACCUGGUGCCCAACUUGUCCAACGAGCUGUACCGUUUUUCUCUGGAAGGAAUCUCCAGCAUACUGUUCGAGACUCGUAUUGGCUGUCUAGAAAACGAGAUUCCACAAGAAACCCAGCACUUCAUAGAUUCCAUUGCUAAGAUGCUCACCUACACCAUGCCCGUGACCAUGCUACCCAAGUGGACCCGCAACUAUUUGCCGUUCUGGCGGCGCUUUGUGGACAGCUGGGAUGGAAUCUUCAGAUUUGCUUGCAAGCUAAUUGAUCAGAAAAUGGAGGACAUUCAGAAGCGUGUGGACACAAAGCAGGAGGUUGAAGGAGAGUACCUUAGCUACCUGCUCUCCAGCACCAACAUGACCAAAAAGGAUGUGUAUGGAAGUGUUGCUGAGCUUCUCCUGGCAGGAGUGGACACAACGUCCAACACGUUAUUGUGGGCCUUAUAUCUGCUGUCACGGGAUCCAGAGGUGCAGGACAAACUGUAUCAGGAGGUGAGCAGUAUUAUCAAGGGGGACAAAAUUCCAUCAGCUGAGGAAGUAAACAACAUGUCUUACCUUAAAGCUGUCAUCAAGGAGACUCUCAGAAUUUAUCCGGUUGUUCCAGUAAACGCACGUCUCCUGUCAGACAGUGAUGUAACAAUCGGAGGACACUUCUUUCCCAAAAAGACAGCAUUCGUGAUCCACCAUUACGCCAUCAGUCAGGACGAGGCAGUCUUCCCCGAACCACAGAUCUUCAAACCUGAACGAUGGUUACGGGAUGGGAGGGAAAGGCCUCGCCCGUUCGGCUCCAUUCCGUUCGGGUUCGGGAUCAGAGGGUGUGUCGGUCGACGCAUCGCUGAACUAGAGAUGCACCUAGCUCUGGCGAGGAUAAUAAAGCAGUUUGAAGUGAAGCUGGAUGCCAGUGUCGGAGAGGUCAAAGCAGUCAAUCGCAUCGUCCUUGUUGCAGACAGACCUGUGAAUUUUCAUUUUCUGGAGCGAAAACACGUGUCCUGUUAAAGUCAUGAAGUCAUGUAUCCUGUAAACAAUGUUGAUGGUCUAAAUAUCUCUCAGACACUUUUGCCUCAUGCCUAUAAUGGCAUGCCUUUAUCAAACUUGCUCCAAAGCCACUCAGUGACAAACCCCACACUAGUCAAAAAGCAUCUACUCUACAUUAGCAUGGCUUUCCAUUCAAUCUUAGAGUGUCUGUGGGGAUUUGUGCCCAUUCAGUUGAAAGAAAAUUAUAGGGUAGGGCAGUGCUGCUGAUUGAAAAGGCCGGGCUUACAUUCAACAUUUCAUCUAAACCCAAAAAUGUUCAGCUGUGUUAAAAACACACUCUGAAACCAAACUCGCUUUGUUUAAUUCAUAUUUAAUGUAUAAAAUUGAUUCUAUACAUUUCCUAGCAAUGAAACACCUGAACUAAAUCAUUAUUAGGGGUGUCUACAUACAUUCGGCCGUUAGUUUAUGUUAGUGAUGGCUAUUAGAAUGUAAAAAUCAUCUGCAGUUUCAUGUAAUAACAUUUACACGUUUAUUUAGUGUAUGUAGUAUACACUAUUUUUGUAAAUUGACAGUGUAAAUCAAUACAGUGAUGUUAUGGUUUGGUUUUUUGUAAACACUGAUGCACUGUAAUGAAUCCUGAAUGAAAUGGAAACUGAUUCUUUUUGUCACUGUGAACAGCUUUAUGGAACCAGCAGGGUUUUAUUAUUAUUUACCUAUGCAAACAGUACAUACAGAGAUACUCAAAGUUAACAUUUGUGAUGUGAUUUAAAUGUGAAUGAUUGUAUAUAGAAUUUGUAUUUUAUGCCAAUGAAAGAUAAUUAUAUGUAUAUUUUUUAAUUUUUUUUAUUACUACCCCAUUCUGGUAAAGCAGAAGGUAAACUAGAUGGUUCACAUAAAACACAUUGUGUCUAUUCUUAAAAUAUAAGUUUGUUUCUGUAAUUCUAUAUUUUAUUAGACAUACAGACUACUUCUGUAUCUGCAUACUACCGUACUAUGUGUGAACAGUCUGUAAAAUAGUAGACAACCUAUCAUUGUUUACUGCUCUUACAAUAUUUUCUAUAGUGUAUCUAUUCAAAUAAAGGUGAGUGUGUGUA